AUGGAAAGCAGAAACAAGAAAUUAGACUACGUUGACGCGCCACAAAGUUAUGAAGCAGAUUCUGAAACCUUCGCAAGACACAAUAUUCUCUGCGAGAAGAAAGGACUUUGGACUCUGCCAGCUGAUUUUCCACAGACGAUUCUUGAGUGCUUCCAACGAGGAAGAGAAACCGCCGGUGAUAAUGCUAUCAUUUGUGGCACUCCGACGCCAGAUUUGACAGAUUACACGACCCGUACUUAUGGCGAGUUCGCUGCAACAUCUCAAUACCUGGCGAAUUCACUGAAAAAGCACGGACUUAUCAGUGGAGAAAGCAAAAUUGCGAUCUACUCGUCGAAUUGCUACGAAUACGACGCAGUAAUCAUUGGAGGAUACUAUCAAAAUAUAUGCAAUGUUUCGCUUUACGAUACUUUUGGCGAACAAGCAGUCAAAUACAUUCUUGAGCACAUUGAAGCUCCAAUCUGCUUCGUUCAAAAUCAAAAGAAACUUGACCUCAUUCUCAAAAUCAAGCCUGCUCAUCUUCAAACAAUCGUUGUGUUUCAAAAAUUCAAGAAGGUCAAGUCUUCCAAUUAUAAAAUCAUAAGUUUCGAUGAUUUCAUUGCCAUCGGAAAAGACAGCUCGUUUGAUAAUGUUCCGCCGACUUCUUCAGACAUUGCUACGAUCAAUUAUACAUCCGGCACGACUGGCGAUCCGAAAGGCGUCGUCUUGACUCACAAGAACAUCUGCACCGUCUGCUGUGGCAUUACAAUCUUCUCGGUCAAAGAGCCUUGGAAAACAAGCGAUGUGUGGUUCAGCUAUUUGCCGAUGGCUCACAUUUUCGAACGCGGCGUCCACUGUACUAUGAUGCUUGCUGGCGGCUCCUGGUACUUUGGCACUGGCAACAUCAAGACUAUGAUGCAGGAGAUAAAAAAUGUUAGGCCAACGGUGUUUGGAUCAGUCCCAAGAGUGAUGAACAGAAUCUACGAAAAAAUACAAAAUCAGAUGGAAGACAGCAGAGCAAAGAAUUUCAUGUUCAACAGAGCGACAAAAGCGAAACGAAAACAUCUUGAUAAAGGAAACGUCGAGAGUUUUACCAUGUGGAAUUGGCUUCCGCUAGGAAAAGCAAGGAAAAAUCUUGGAGGAAGAGUUCACACUUGGGUCUGCGGCGCAGCUCCUUUGGAUCCAAAAGUUAAAGGAUUUAUAAAGGAGGUUUUUGGCUGCUACAUUGUCGAAGCCUACGGUCAAACUGAAAAUGUUGGCUGCGGCACUGGGACAUCCUUCACCAAUUAUCAAAAGGAAGACGGCAGCGUUGGAGUGCCCCAGCCUUGGAACGAACUUAAACUUGUUGACGUGCCCGACAUGGAUUAUUAUGCGCGCGAUGGAAAAGGAGAAAUCUGCUUCCGUGGCGACAACGUCAUGCAAGGCUAUUACAACGAUCCUGGCAAGACUGCUGAGACUAUCGAUGAAGAUGGCUGGUUGCACACGGGCGAUAUUGGCACCUGGUUGGAGAACGGGACCAUCAAAAUUAUUGACAGGAAGAAGCACAUCUAUAAAACUGCUCAGGGCGAAUAUAUCGCGCCGGAGAAAAUCGAGGGCAUCUACGGGAAGCAUACGCAAAUCAUGCAAAUGUUCCUCUCGGGAUCCUCCCUCCAGGCGAUGAACGUGGCAAUCAUCGUUCCAAAUGAAGAGUCCUUCAUGAAGCAAUAUGGAAAAGGACGAAGCUUCAAGGAUGCGUGUGCCGAUAUCGACACGGCCGCUCAAUUUCUCGGCGCGCUUAAUGAUUAUGCACGAAAAGACGGAGUCAAGGGUCAUGAAAUUCCGAAGGCGUGCUUCUUGGAGACCGAACCUUUUUCAAUCGAAAACGGUCUCCUAACGCCAACUCAAAAAGCAAAACGCCCAGCGAUUCAGAAACAUUACCAAGAAGUUAUCGACUCACUCUACAAAGAAUUGAACGGAUCAUAG